AUGGGUAUUAAGAGUUAUUUCAAGGCCGAAAAGCCCAAACCAACAAAGGGGAAGGCGACACAACCCGAAACGAUUGAAGAGAAAACAGGAGCUCCCGGCACUGCCCUCCCUCCCUCCAAUUCCAAUGGUCCAGAGCUUCUUCGCCCCAGGGCUUCCACCCAGAGAAACAGCUAUGGGCCCCUCUCGAUAUCAGACAGGUCUUCCCGAUCGGCGGCCGGAAGCUCGCUCAUGCUCGAGGACAUCCGGCACGAGGUGAUGGUGAACUACCUCUUUCAGCAGCAAUGUUCGAAUCUCUGGGUUGGCGACGGUUCUGGCGAAACAGAGGGUGUUCUCCUGAGGAAGUCGAGGGGUCAGUACAUGGCAUGUCCUCCAGAACUGAGUAUCUCGAAGCUCGCCAAUUCUUGCGCCGCAUUGAAUGUCCAUUGCGCCAUGACAGUCAACUCAAGAGUCAUCAAGACCUUCCUCCAAUGGGCCCCCGACGCCGUCGACGUCCCCCUCGCCAAUGGCCUCCGCAUCCAAAUCCUCCCCACAAUCGAAGACCUCCCCCGCGCCCGCAAGAACCAAUUCGCCGCCUUCGUCGCCUCCGAAGGCAUCCUCGUAGUCUGGGACGACGACGCGCUGCACGUCGCGGAACGCGCCCAGCUCAUCGAGUCAGAGCUCAUGGACCUUGUGUGGAAGGUCGGCGAGGAGGGCGACGAGGUGGAUGAGAAGAAGGCUGCGGAGGCCGUGAUUCGGUAUGCGGUCGAUGAGGAGAGCGGGAUGGAGAAGAGGCCUGUGCAUUUGAUUAACGCGGUGCUCGUGAGUUUGGCGCUGGUGAUUGUCCUUGUGUCGCUGGGGGCUGGGUGGAGGCAGUUGGCCAUCGAGAUCAGGGUGGACGGGAAUUUCAUACGGCUGGCUCUUGUCGCACUCGGGCCUGUUCAGAUCUUCUUCACGCUCUUCUUCGCGCAGGUGAUUGUUGGUUGCAUCAUGCAGAUCUUUGGUCCCAUCCGACAGCUCACGAGCAACUCCAAGUUUUACUCGGCGACACCUCCCCGACGAUUGCAGAGCACAAUCUUGCCCCAUGUUACCGUGCAAUGCCCCGUCUACAAGGAGGGUCUGAAUGGAGUCAUUGCGCCGACGGUGAAGUCUAUCAAGCAGGCCAUGUCGACGUAUGAACUUCAGGGAGGAUCGGCAAACAUGUUCAUCAACGACGAUGGUCUGCAGCUUCUUUCUGAGGAAGAGCGCCAGGCUCGAAUUGACUUUUACGCGGACCAUAGCAUUGGAUGGGUGGCGCGGCCGAAACAUGGAGAGGACGGGUUCCUUCGACGCGGAAAGUUCAAGAAAGCUUCCAAUAUGAAUUUCGCACUCAUGAUCUCCUGCAAGGUCGAAGAGAAGCUUGCCGAAGUUCAUCGUCCCGCUGACUGGAGCCAGCACGAUGAGGCUCUGGCUUAUGAACAAGCUCUCAAGAACGUCCUUGAAGAGGACGGACGUGCCUGGGCCGACGGCAACAUUCGCGUAGGAGACUACAUUCUCAUCAUCGACUCCGACACCCGCGUUCCCGCCGACUGCCUCCUCGACGCCGUCUCCGAAAUGGAACAAUCCCCCGACGUGGGCAUAAUGCAAUUUUCCUCCGGCGUCAUGCAAGUCGUCCACACCUACUUCGAAAACGGCAUCACCUUCUUUACGAACCUCAUCUACACGGCCAUCCGCUACACCGUCUCCAACGGCGACGUCGCGCCCUUCGUCGGCCACAAUGCCAUCCUCCGCUGGAGCGCCAUCCAGCAGGUCGGCUACGUCGACGAGGACGGCUACGAGAAGUUCUGGUCGGAGUCGCACGUGUCCGAGGACUUUGACAUGUCUCUCCGUCUGCAGUGCAAUGGGUACAUUAUCCGUCUGGCGGCUUGGGCGGGCGAUGGAUUUAAGGAGGGCGUGUCGUUGACGGUGUAUGAUGAGCUGGCGCGGUGGGAAAAGUAUGCUUAUGGUUGUAAUGAGUUGCUUUUCCAUCCGAUCCGGACGUGGCUUUGGCGCGGGCCGUUUACUCCGUUGUUCCGGAGGUUCCUGUUCAGCAACAUCCGGUUCACGUCGAAGCUUACCGUCGUUUCGUAUAUCGGGACCUACUACGCCAUCGGAUCGGCGUGGAUCCUUACGGCUCUCAACUAUUUCCUGAUUGGGUUCUUCAAGGGAAUGCUCAGCAAGUUCUAUCUACCUUCGUUCGAGGUGUGGUUUAGCUUAGUCGUCAUCUUCUCCGGCCUUGGAAACGUUGCGCUCGCCGUGAUGCGUUACAGGGCAGGCGAGAACACUCUCAUCGGCUCCCUCAUCGAAAACUUUGAGUGGCUCCCCAUGCUGGUCAUCUUCCUCGGCGGAUUGAGUCUCCAUCUCAGCCAGGCGUUGCUCGCGCACAUGUUUGAGAUUGACAUGACGUGGGGAGCGACGGCCAAGGAACUGGAUCAGUCCAACUUUUUCCUCGAGGUGCCCAAAGUCUUGAAGAAGUUCAAAUACUCGAUGCUCUUUUACCUCUCCUUUGUCGCCGUGAUGCCCAUCAUGGCACUUGCUCCGUUUAUCCCGCACGACUGGCGCAUCACGGACUUUGUGGCGAUUCUUCCACAGGCCUCGAUAACCGUCUCAAGCUUGUUGCUCCCUAUCGCUCUCAAUCCUGCUCUUAUGACUUUCUCCUUCUAA